UAACUCCACUCAGAUCUCUCUCUCUCUCUCAAGUCGCAAUGGGCAGCAGCGGCAGCGGCAGCGGCGACGAAUCCAAGCCGUCCAUCCUCUACGACUCAUCCCCAUCUCACCCCCUUCUGUCCAAACCCUCCCAAACCGAUCCACACCAUCCCAUUGAAGAAUCGGAAUCGAAUCCCUACCCUCUGAUCACCUUCAAUUAUGGGCCCAGGCAUUUUCAAGACCUCCCCUUCCUCUUCCUCUUUCUCCUCUUCUCUCUCUCCACCUUUGCCUUCGGCAUCUUCUCCAUUGCUCACCGCAACCCCUACUCCUCCCAUAUCUCCUCCUUCAUAUACGACCACAACACCACUUCGUGCAUCCACAAGUCCUCCGUCUCACCGCUCGCGAUCUUCCAGCUUCCGUCCUUCUCCUCCUAUUCCUCAUCAUCGUCAUCAUCACCGUUGAUCAAGGAUCUUACCUGGACUCUCGUGAUCACCUUCAUCCUCAGCGGCCCUUUCAUCUUUUGCCUUCUCUGGUCUCUCAGGCAUUACACCAAACAGAUUGUCUAUGCGUCUCUCCCUUUCUUCAUUAUCAUUCCCGUCUUCAUUAAUGUCUUCUGGUUCGUCGCAUGCACUGUGACACCAACCUGCCGCGACUCGUUUUCUCUUGCAUACCGCAUCCUCAUUCUUGUCUUUGUUUUCUUGAUCAUUGUGAUCAUUGCCUGGAUUAUUUUUGCCAACUGGCACCGGAUCGAACUCACGAUCAGGAUCGUUGGUGUCGCUUCAGAUGCGCUCGCAAGGAACAUUGGGCUUUUGGGGGUGCUUCCAUGUUUGAGCUUCGGGAUCAUUGUGUAUUUUGUGCCAAUUGUUGUUUUCUUAGUUUUUGCACGGUUGAAUGGUAAGAUCGUGCCCAAGGCAAGUGGUGAGACCGAGUAUGAUUGUGUUUGGAAGCAGGAUAGCUGGGUGCCUGCAUAUUUUACUCUGGCGAUUGUCACAAUGCUAUGGUCGGCUGCUGUGAUGGUGGAAGCUCAGGUGUAUGUGAUUAGUGGGACUGUUGCUCAGUGGUACUUUCUGAAGGAGGGGUCGACUCCCAGCCGGAGUAUAAGGAGUUCUUUGAGAAAUGCUUUUGGUCACUCCUUCGGCACAGUAUGCUUCUCAGGCUUGCUAAUUGGUGCUGUCCGUGUGGUGCGUGCUGCAGUUGAUAGUGCAGAGAGAGAAGAUGCUGCUUCUGGGAUAGUGAAUCUUAUUCUCCGGUGCUGUGUAAAUGUUUUGUUAUCAGCAAUUAAUUUUCUCAACAAGUUCACAAUCAACUUUGCAGCUAUAACUGGUGAAGGAUACUGCUCUUCUGCCAAGAUGACAUAUGAACUUCUGAGACGUAAUCUUCUCUCUGCUGUUUUUGUGGAGACUGUCUCCACACGUAUCCUGGUUGGAAUUAUCUUUGUCCUAUCCGCGCUAUAUGCAAUAGUGGUCUGUGCAAUUCUGAAGGCCGUUAGCUCACUUGGGGUAGAAGCGUACUUUGUUGCCGUUCUCGCAUGGAUGCUACUGCUCGCGGCACUGGGUUACUUUGUUCACGUGCUGGAAAACGUAAUUGACACGGUAUAUGUAUGCUAUGCCAUAGAUAGGGACAAAGGUGAGGUGUGUAAGCAGGAGGUCCAUGAAGUUUAUGUUCACCUUCCAAUCAGUAGGAAUGAUAGACUUUCCCAUGCUCUAAGAACUCCAUUGAUUGUCUGAUUUUGUUAUUUUCUAGCACUGAAGUCCUUUCCGGACCUUGUUUCACCUAUCAAGGGUGAGUGUGCAGUUUGUGAAUUGUAUAAACUUUCUCUGUAUCGUUCUCUUUGUAUUACUGAGGUUUGUUACAAUAAAAGCAGUUCAGGCAGAGAUUGAUGUA